AUCCCAUCCUGCCAUGGGACAGGGGAGAGAAAUGGCUGCAGAGGAGCCUGUUCAGGGGCCAGUGACCUUUGGGGAGGUGGCUUUGUAUUUCUCGAGGGAAGAGUGGGCUCUGCUGGACUCUGCUCAGAGAGCCCUCUACAGAGACGUUAUGCAGGAGAACUAUGAGAAUGUGACCUCGCUGGCAGAUAUGUGGGUAUUUCAAUACAUCAUAAGCACAGUGUUCAUCAUCUUCAAGGACCGGGGGAGCUGGUCCUGGGAAUUCACUGCUUUACCAAGUGUGACACUGUAUGGAAUUGGUUUCCAGUUUCCCAACCUGAUGUGAUCUCCCAGCUGGAACAA